AUGGUUGAACCAAGAAACAAGGGAUCCAAACGCCUGAUGACAAUCCGCCUCCAUACCUCCGAAGGCUUUGUCGCUCUUGUCAGCGCCUACGCUCCCACUCUUACAUCCACUGCAGAAGCAAAGGACGAGUUUUAUGUCAACAUCAGCAACGUCAUCAAGAAAAUACCCCCCAAGGAACACGUCAUCAUCCUGGGAGACUUCAAUGCUCGAGUGGGUGCCGAUCACGACUCAUGGCCUUCCUGUCUUGGAUGCUUUGGAGUUGGCAAGAUCAACGAAAAUGGGUCAAGCCACAACACAAGGUGUUAUGGCGUCAUCCCCGCUCAAAGCAUUGGUAUCAGCUGGACACGAUCUGAUCUGAUGUACCAACAUCAAGUUUGUGCACAUCAUCCGCACAGCACAGACUGCGACACUGACCACUCUCUCGUCUGCAGCAAGAUCAGGCUCCAUCCUAAGAAACUCUACAGCUCCAAACAGAAAAGCAAACCUCGCAUCAAUACCACCAGCAUGCAGCUUCCGGAGAAAGUUGAGGAAUUUGCCAAAUCCCUCCAAGAAGCUCCGUCUGUCGAACACCAGUGCUGCUCUGCCUCAGGGAGGCCAUUCAGAAAACAGCCUUUAGACCUUUGGGAAAAAGACCUCGAAGAACAACGACUAUGUGCUGCCCUUACUGAAUACAAGCGCUCCCCUGGUGAGAAAUCCCCGCAAGCAUUCAGAGCAGCUAGAAACAAAAUGCAACAGACUGCAAGACGUUGUGUCAAUGAACAAUGGCAACAGCUCAGCGCCUCCAUACAGUCUGCAGGUCUAGGGCCAACACAGAGCAAAACAACACACUCAAGACCACAGUGGGGAGGUGAUCACGACAAUGGCAAACGAUAG